AUGGCUCCAAGUCGCUUACUUGAAGGCAAAGUCGCCCUGAUUACCGGCGCCGCGAGCGGAUUUGGUGAAGGUAUCGCAAGAUUGUUUGCGAAUGAAGGAGCCAAAAUCGUGGUCGCAGAUAUCAAUGAGUCAGGUGGUAAACAGGUUGCAAAGGACAUCGAAGAUGGGGGCGGACAAGCCAUCUUCGCAAAGACCGAUAUCACUAAAGAAGAAGAUUGGACAAGAGCUCUAGAGAUCGCCAAAUCAGAGCUUGGCACCUUGGACAUCCUCGUGAACAAUGCUGGCUGGACCUAUAUGAAGAAAGACACGCUUACUGUGACGGAAGCUGAGUAUGACCGAGUUUUUGACAUCAAUGUGAAGAGUAUCUUCCACUCCAUCAACGUCAUUCUACCACAUUUCAUCGCCCAGGGCUCAGGGAGUGUUGUCAAUAUUGCAUCCUGUAUUACUUGCAAGCCGACGAAUGGACUGAUGUGGUAUUCAGCCACCAAAGCUGCCGUCGAGGUCAUCACUCGCUCUCUGGCGCGGGAGUAUUCUGGGAAGGGUAUCCGGUUUAACGCCGUUUCGCCGUCUAUCAGUGAAACUCCCCUAAUGCGAGAAUUCAUCGGCGAAGAACCGACGACCGAGUCCUUGUCUACUGCGGCGACCGAGGUACCAGUCGGACGGCUUUGCACACCACUGGAUAUUGCAAAGGCGACUCUAUACUUUGCUUCGACGUAUUUCAAUGAUUUCCAAACGUAA